AUGAGUCUAGUUUCGGGCUUCCCUCACCACCCCGUCAUGCACCACCACGACAGCCAUCACUACUCCUUGCAUGCAGCGGCGGCAAGUCGGUGUCACGAGGAUACCGGGGCCCCUCCGUACUUCACAAGCUGGUUGAUAAGCCACGCGGAUAUGUCUCCAACCGAAUAUAGCCUCGCACCCGGCUACAGCCCAGAGUACCAAGGAAACAGCGGCGGCGGGUCCACCGGCGGCCUGGACCCCCACCAUCACCAUCACCACCAUUACGGACCCGGCGGCUUGGUUCCGGGGGCCGGCGCAAUCUCGGUGAACGGAGCCACGGUCGGUAUGCACCCCCACCACACGCAACCUCGGCCCGUGAAGCGAAGACCCACAGCCAACCGUAAGGAGAGGCGGCGGACCCAGAGCAUCAACUCGGCCUUUGCAGAACUGAGGGAGUGUAUCCCCAACGUCCCGGCCGACACCAAGCUGUCCAAGAUCAAGACGCUGCGGCUGGCGACCAGCUACAUCUCCUACCUGAUGGACAUCCUGGACAAGGACGGACAGCACGGAGACACGCAGGCUUUUAAGGCCGAGCUGAAGAAAACAGAGGCCCGGGAGGAGCGGCGGAAGAGAGAGGCGGUGGAGAUCCCGAAGACAAUAUCAUCAUCAUCCUCCUCCUCAUCGUCAUCCUCUUUGUCAGCGAGCGAUAAGAAGAGUAAAGGUCGGACAGGUUGGCCUCAACAUGUCUGGGCUCUGGAACUCAAACAGUAG